AUGGAGUCGCCCUCAGGCCGCCCCGUCAGGCUGGUCCCCUCAGGCCGGUCCCCUCCAGGCCGCUCCCUUAGCCUUUUCCCUCAGGACGGUCCCCGUCAGGCCGGUCCCGUCAGGCCAAUCCCCUCAGACUGGUCUCCUGAGGCCGCCCCGUCAAUCAGGCCAGUCUCCUCAGACCAGUCCCUCUCAGGCCAGUCCCCCUCAGACCGGUCCUCUCAGGCCGCCCCGUCAGGCCAGUCCCCUCAGACCGGUCCUCUCAGGCCGCCCUGUCAGGCAGGCCAGUCCCCUCAGGCUGCCCGGUCAGGCCGGUCCCUUCAGACCAGUCCCCUCAGGCCGCCCCGUCAGGCAGGCCAGUCCCCUCAGGCUGCCCGGUCAGGCCGGUCCCCCUCAGACCUGAUCCUCCAGGCCGGUCCCCUCAGACCAGUCUUCUCAGGCCGCCCCGUGGAGCCAGUCCCUUCAGACCAGUCCCCUCAGGCAGGUCCUCUCAGGCCGCCCCGUCAGGCCAGUCCCUUCAGGCCAGUCCCCUCAGGCCAGUCCCCUCAGACUGCCCUGCCAGGCCAGCCCCCUCAGACCAGUCCUCCCAGGCCACCCCGUCAGGCCGGUUCCUUCAGACUGCCCUGUCAGGCCGGUCCCCUCAGGCCGCCCCGUCAGGCAGGCCAGUCUCCUCAGGCUGCCCGGUCAGGCCGGUCCCUUCAGACCAGUCCCCUCAGGCCGGUCCCCCUCAGACCAGUCCUCUCAGGCCGGUCCCCUCAGACCGCCCUGCCAGGCCAGUCCCCCUCAGACCGGUCCUCCCAGGCUGCCCCGUCAGGCCAGUCCCUUCAGACCAGUCCCCUCAGGCCCGUCCCUUCAGACCAGUCCCCUCAGGCCGGUCCCCCUCAGACCGCCCCAUCAGGCCGGUCCCCUCAGACCGCCCCAUCAGGCAGGCCAGUCCCUUCAGACCAGUCCCCUCAGACCGGUCUUCUCAGGCCGCCCCGUCAGGCCAGUCCCUUCAGGCCGGUCCCCUCAGGCCAGUCCCCUCACCGCCCCGUCAGGCCGGUCCCCCUCAGACCGGUCCUCCCAGGCCGCCCCGUCAGGCAGGCCAGUCCCUUCAGGCUGCCCAGUCAGGCCGGUCCCUUCAGACCAGUCCCCUCAGACCGGUCUUCUCAAGCCGCCCCAUCAGGCCGGUCCCUUCAGACCAGUCCCCUCAGGCCGGUCCCCCUCAGACCAGUCCUCUCAGGCCAGUCCCCUCAGGCCGCCCUGUCAGGCCGGUCCCCCUCAGACCAGUCCUCUCAGGCCGCCACGUCAGGCCGGUCCCCCUCCGACUGGUCCUCUCCGGCCACCCCGUCAGGCCGGUCCCUUGAGACCAGUCCCCUCAGGCCUGUCCCUUCACACCAGUCCCCUCAGGCCAGUCCCCCUCAGACCAGUCCUCUCAGGCCAGUCCCCCUCAGGCCAGUCCCCCUCAGACCAGUCCUCUCAGGCCAGUCCCCCUCAGGCCAGUCCCCCUCAGACCAGUCCUCUCAGGCCAGUCCCCCUCAGGCCAGUCCCCUCAGGCUGCCCCGACUGCUCAUCCCCUCAGGCCGCCCCGUCAGUCCGCUCCUCUCCAUCAGGCGAGACGCGUUGCUAAGGCGGGAAGGGAGGACGCGCACGCGCACGCGUGACCUCAUUCCGCACGCUCGUCCCCCUCCCUCCCCACACACUCAUUUCUGCGCACGCGCACAUGGGACAGCUAAGGGUUCGUCCUGCCCCGAGGCCCCCUCCCCACUGCGCCUGCGCUGCCUCUCGGCCGUUCCGAAGCUGUUGAAGGAGCUGGCAGGUGCAGCCCUCCGUAACCCUUACCGAGAUCCCAACUGA